AUGGGAGACACACAUCUCUAUAAUGUUUUAGGGGUAUCAAGGAAUGCCAGCAGUUCCGAAAUAAAAAAGGCUUAUCACAGGAUGGCUAAAGAGUAUCACCCAGACAAAAAUCCUGAAUCUGCAGAAAAGUUUAAAGAAAUUAGGAAUGCUUAUGACAUUCUCUCCAAUCCUGAAAAGAAAGAAAUUUAUGAUAAUUUUGGAAUGCAAGGCCUUGCAGAUGGUUUCAGUCCCGGUGGCCCAGGCUUUCCUUUUGGGGAUGUUUUGGGAGGAAUGUUUGGAAUGAGAGGUGGCUUCAUGGGUAGUCGACACCGUCGCCAAAGAGGAGAUGAUACUACACAUCACUUGCGUGUAACGCUAGAAGACUUUUAUAAUGGUAAAACUGCCAAGCUACAGUUAUCCCGAACUGUUCUCUGUAAAGCAUGUGGAGGAGCUGGUGGCCGAGGAAAUGUUUUGACGUGUCGGAUGUGCCAUGGCCACGGUAUUAAGAAAACGAUGCGGCAGCUUGGACCUGGCAUGAUGCAAGAAAUACAGACCACAUGUCCAGAAUGCCGUGGUGAAGGAGAAAGUUAUAGUGACAAGGACAAAUGUGUUCCAUGCAUGGGAAGAAAAGUGGUAAAUGAAGAUAAAAUUCUAGAAGUUCAUGUUGAUAAAGGCAUGAGAGACGGACAGAAGAUUUUAUUCAGAGGUGAAGGCGAUCAGUUGCCUGAUGUUGAUCCGGGAGAUGUCAUUAUCAUCUUAACCCAAAUUGAGCACAAGAAAUUUGUUCGAAAUGGAGAAGAUCUUUACUAUAAGCAUACUCUUGGCUUAACUGAGGCUCUUUGUGGCUUCGAAAUGGUGUUAAAACAUCUGGACAAACGUCAGUUGCUGAUAAAGUCUGAACCUGGAGAAGUCUUCCGUCCUGGGGCCAGGAAAGUUAUAAAGGAAGAAGGAAUGCCAGUUUAUAGGAACACAUUUGAACGAGGAGAUUUAAUUAUUGAAUUUAAUAUAAAAUUUCCACCCCCCCACUUCAUUGGAGAACCAGAACUCAAAGAGUUGGAGAAGCUUCUGCCAGAGCCAUCACAAGUCUCUGUUCCUAUGGAUGAUGAUACAGUAGAAGAAGUCACUUUAGUUGAGAUGUCUGCCUCACGAAGAAACAAUAGACGCAGUGAAGCCUAUGAAGAAGACCAUGAUCACUUCAAUCAUCGAGGCAGUGGUGGUGCCCAUAUGCAGUGUGCACAUCAAUAA